CAAAGUCAUCAGUACGUAGGAACAGGAGAGCCCUAGUCUGGAUCAGAUCGAAAGUUAAAUCUAGUCCAGCAAUCUGUUUCCAACAAUGAUCAGCCAAAUACUUCCUGGAAGCUCGCAAGCACAGCAUUGCUUUGCCCUUACAGCUACUGUUACUCCGAGGUACCCUGCCUCUGAAUAUGGAGGUUCUGUUUAGCUAUUGUGCUCAAUAGAGCUCGAUGAGAAACCGAUUCUCGGUGAAUUGUCCAAUUCUUUAAAACCAAACAAACACACACACACCUAAGCCAGUGACCAUCGCUACCAUUUGCGACAAAGAUAAAGACUGGUGGGUUUCAUGAAGGAAAACAAAAAAUUAUCGUGCCGGAGAGAUCAGCUCCUCCUUCCAACCCGCUUUGCAACACGGAAGUGGGAAGGCGGAGAUUAGAGGGCAUGUUCGCUUGUUUAGAGGGUGGGAUUUGGGGAGGCAGCUGUUGUUUCUCCCGGGAUCAGGAGUGAUGCGUCUCUCCUCGGCUCCGGAGCGCGGCUCUUCCUGCAUCUGAAAGAGUCGCAUCCCGCAGCAGGGAGUGCAGUAGUGUGCUUCCUCCGUGUCGCCUUGCACACUGCCCAGGCGCUGCCGCAUCCACCACCCCGCCCGCUCUUGGCUACAACCUUCCUUGCUACAACCUGCAAGUCCACCCAGCCGCAUGUCCAGCUUGCAGCGCCCGGUGGCGGCUCCAGCCCAGGCCCAGCCGGUCUCCCUGAGUGCGGAGCAGGCCAAAGUGGUUCUGGCUGAAGUGAUCAAGGCAUUUGGCUCGCCAGAGAAUGCCCAGCGCAUGGAGGAAGCAAGGGACAAUGCCUGCAAUGAUAUGGGCAAAAUGCUGCAGUUCCUGCUACCUGUGGCUACCCAAAUCCAACAGGAUGUGAUCAAAGCCUAUGGUUUCAGUAAUGACGGGGAAGGAGUCCUAAAGUUUGCCCGAUUGAUAAAAUCCUAUGAGUCUCAGGACCCUGAGAUUGCAAGCAUGUCUGGGAAGCUCAAGUCUAUGUUCCUGCCUCCAAUGACGCUGCCUCCACAUGGGGCUGGGACAGGGGGUGUUGCAGCGUCAUGAAGCUGGCAACCUUUGUGGCCUCUGCCUGUCUGGAUCAUAUUACUGUCCUUGCAACAAUGUUUGUUAACUGGAUCCUGGGAUACAUUUUUUCUUUCCGUGUAAUGUGAUACGUUCUUGACUCCUUUGUACAGUCCCGGUUCUGCCUUUUGUGUGCAUUCUGUGCUGCAUUUGUGAAUAAAAACUUCUUUGUAAACUUC